AUGGUUGCUAAAUAUGCCAUGGAUCAGCCAGAGGGCUUCGUUAACCGUAUUCAGCGGGUUGCCAUCGUUGGUGCCGGAGGCCAACUUGGUCGCCACAUCACGGAAGAAUUGCUCAAGACAGGCCAGCACACGAUCACGGCCGUUACCAGAGCUGGUGGAAACUCAACGUUUCCAGAUGGUGUGAUCCCAGCUGCUGUCGACUACACUGACGAGAGUGCGCUGGUGUCCGCCCUCAAGGGACAACAGUUCCUCAUUAUUACCUUGCCACACGAUGCAGCCCCUGAAACUCACGCGAAUAUUGUCGAGGCGGCAGGCAAGGCUGGCGUGCCAUACGUCAUGCCCAAUAUUUACACCUGCGAUAUUGUCAUCAGCAACAAGUCGCUUGGUGAUGAAGUCAUUCUGGGACAGAAGCUUCGUCCGAUCGUUGAGCACAUCGAACAAGUUGGGAAGAGUUCCUGGACAGUCCUUGUGACCAGCCUCUGGUACGAGUUCAGUCUGGCGUGCCCGCCAGACUGGUUCGGCUUCGAUGUCGCCAAGCGGGAGGUCACCUUCUUCGAUGAUGGCGAGCGCAAGAUCAACACUUCCUCCUGGCCGUUCAUCGGAAAGACGGUGGCCGCAUUCCUCAGCCUCAAGGAGCUCCCAGAGAACGAGAAUGACAAUUCUCUCACCGUUUCCUCCUUCCGGAACAAGCCGCUGUAUACAUCGAGCUUCUUCAUUUCUCAGCGAGAUAUGCUAGACAGUAUCCACCGCGUAUCGGGUACCUCUGAUAAGGACUGGACCAUAAAGAAGGAGGCGACCAGCAAGCGAGUCACUGAUGGACAAGCUCUCCUAGCGACGGGAGACCUCCGAGGGCUGGCAAGGAUGUACUAUUCUCGGAUGUUCUUCCCAGGCACGGAGGGGACGUACCAGGAUAAGCUGCAUAACAAAGCUCUAGGGCUUCCUGAAGAUGAUUUGGAUCAGGCAACAAAGCGGGCUCUGGCUAUGAUUGAAUCUAACUGGCGUCCCAUGUAA